AUGGGGUUAAAACUCGAUUUCGCUUCCACUCAUUUUAACUACCAAUCUGCUCUCAUCCCCAUGACCAACAUUAAGCUACUUAAGAUCUCCAAGCCCCAGUGUGUGGAGCUCCAAGAGAAACAUAUCAAGGCAAAUAUCAUUCUAGUUGCGAAGUAUCUGUUCAAGGCAGAAGGUUCCAGUGAAUUAACGGUCAAUAAGGGUGACAUUUUGAAGUUGUUAGACAGACCAGGAAAUGGUUGGGUUCUCGUUAAAUCUAUUGAAAAACUACAAACUCCUGGGUUAGUACCUGCUUCAUAUGUUGAUAUUGCUGUUAAUGAUACAAUAAACCCAGUUACCUUGUCAUGGAUUCGUGAGACAAAUUCUGGUCAGGGUUCAUCCCCCAUUGAUGGUAGUAGUAGUCCUUUUUUGAACUCUACAUCGUUUGGGAAUCAACCAACGCAACCUCACAGUCCUUCGGCUACUAUAACUGCUCAUAAUUCUUCCUACUCAGCAUUAUCGUCGAGUUCUGAUAUAAAUUCAGUUACAAAGUCUUAUAACGAUGCUCAAAUUCAAGAUUUGAUCACCAGUAACAAGGCUAAGACAUUUAACAACAGAACUUAUCCAAUAAGUGCUUCAAUACUGAACUUUCUUUUGUACAAUGAAAGAUAUUGGUAUCGAGUUGACGUGAAAUUUAGCGAUGAUUCAAAAAUGUAUUUAGGACGUUACUAUCAAGAUUUUUACAAUUUGCAUUGCUCCCUUUUGGAAACCAGUUCUUCAUCUUCGUUACCAAAACUUCCAGAACCCAUCCCUCUGGCAAAGCAAAAAGAUAGAAAAGAACUCAACAAUAUGCUUUUGAAAAGAUGCAAUGAUUUGCAUGUAUAUAUCAAUGAAUUGAUUCUGAAUAGAGAGUCUCAAUUGUCUGUUCAUUUCUUUCUUUGGCUCACAAAUGAGAAUGCUCCAGGAUUUAUUGUUAAACGGGAGGAAAUGUCUAAAUUUCACAUGAAAAAUGAUGAUAUAAAUGAGAAGGUUCUCAAGGGAUCUGUGAAGGUUUUUGAAGCUGACGACAUAAAGCAAGAUGAACUCCCUCAAAUGCUGGAACAAGGUUCAACUGAUGGUGAUGAAACUCAAAUUAAUGACAAUAGUUCGGAGGAAUCAAAUUCCGCAAGUGAGGCACAAUCAACAGCAGAUACAACUCCUGAUAAUUCAACUGGAAGUCCAGAUUUUGUUCGUCGAACGAGAUCUAAGAACACCUAUAACCAUUAUCAACAAAUUAAUUCCUUUGAAGGCUUACGCAAUCACAGUAUAAAACGUACUGGUUCCAAUACAUCCACAAUUAAACUGGCUGGCUCAAGUCAAAACCCAUCCAGAGCUCCAUCUCAAAACCAUGGGCAUGGUCAUAUACUUGGUCCUCCUAAUCAAGCCAGUUUUGCCCCUCCAUUGCCAACUACUAACACUCAAGGAGGAGUGAAUCAUCCACUUCAACAUUCACCUAAAGUCGUUGCUCCAUUAAAAUUGAAUAUGCUUGAACACAACCAACCUAUGUCACCUUCUGGGUCUCCGCAGCCCAAUAUUCACGCAUAUACACAUUACUCACCAUCCAAUGGGAGUUUAACUGGAUCUGGUGGAUCUACAUCCCGGAAGAACUCCUUAUCGGGAAGGAGACCCAGUAGUCGAAAGGGGUCUAUAGGAUCUCAUCAACAAACUCAUGUACAAUAUGGGGGUUACUAUAACCAACAUCUUGCUGGACAGGUGCACAUGCAUGGAGAUGCUCCCAUUGAAUAUGUCAAGUGCAAGAUAGUCAAAUUGAAUGAAGAGAUUAUUGCUAUAAAAUUGGAUAAAUCUCUCAUACGAGGCCUUGAAGAUUUCAAGCUGCUUUUAAAGCAGAAGGUACAUUUUAAUAAGUUACUUAUUAAGUUACCUAACUAUGAAGAUUUUAAGAACAUUGAUGAUAUCAAAUUAGAUAUUGUACAAUUCUUAAAGGUCAACGAUAAGGCAUGGCUUAAGACCGUAUAA